AUGGGUUCGAUUAUUGCCAAAAUUCGAGCACUAUUUUCAAGACACAUGGAAUUAGUAAUUGUAGGUCUGGAAAAUUCAGGCAAAACUACUUUUGUAAAUUAUCUUUCUGGAGGAAGUCCAGGUAAAACUGCUCCAACUAUUGGAAUUAAUGUAAAAACACUGAGAAAAGGAAAUUUAAUCAUGAAAGUCUGGGAUUUAGGCGGACAAAUCCAAUAUAGAAGGGAAUGGAUUCGCUACGCUAAAGGGACCAAUGUAAUUAUCUUUGUUGUUGAUUCUUCAGAGCGAGAGCUAAUUUUUUCAGCUAGGAAAGAAUUGCAUAUGAUGCUUGAGGAUCAAGAUCUUGGAGGUAUCCCACUUCUUGUACUUGCAAACAAAAUAGAUAUUUCCCAACAUCUUUCUGAACCGGAAAUUAUCAAAGGAUUGAACUUAGAUUACAUAAGCGAUAAUCCUUGGCUGGUAAUAUCAGCGAGUGCUAUGAAAGGCACGAACAUCGAAAGAGUUGUAGAUUGGCUUAUCAAAAAAAGCAAGAAAUAA